AAUCGAGAUAUCAUAACUAAAAGUCGAUAAUCGAUACGAAAAUGAAGCUUUAGAAUUUCUGGUAAGUUCUAUGAAAUUGAUUACUUUAAACGAACUGCAAGACCAGUUAGUUUCUGGAAUCAUCUGCCUGGAACGUGUUUUCAGUAUUACGUAAAGUGUUAUUGAAUUACAAAAAUAUUAUUUAAAGAUUUAAAAUAAAAUGGCUGCAAUUGAUAUAUCUCCUAAUAAGGAUGGAGGUGUUAUGAAAGAAAUAAUCAAGGAAGGUAUUGGAGAUGAAAUUCCAUCUUCUGGAAGCAAUGUAACAGUCCAUUAUACUGGUACCUUAUUGGAUGGAACAAAGUUUGAUUCAAGCAAAGAUCGUAAUGAACCAUUUCAAUUUGAACUUAAAAAAGGAUCAGUUAUCAAAGCAUGGGAUAUAGGAGUAGCAACUAUGAAAAAAGGUGAAAUUGCAUUAUUGACUUGUGCUCCUGAAUAUGCAUAUGGAAAAAAUGGUAGUCCACCUAAAAUUCCUCCAAAUGCAACACUUAAAUUUGAAAUCGAAAUGAUUAGUUGGAAAGGAGAAGAUUUAAGUCCUGAGAAGAAUGGAAGUAUUGAGAGGCAUCAAAUUAUACAAGGAAAAGAUUAUAUCACUCCACAAGAAGGAGCUUUAGUAAAUGUACAUUUAAUGGGAAUGUACAAUGGGAAAGUAUUUGAAGAUAGAGAUGUACAAUUCAACCUCGGAGAAGGAGAAGAUUGUGGUGUUAUAGAGGGUAUUGAAAAAGCUUUAGAAAGCUUUAAAAGUGGAGAAAAAUCAAAACUUAUAAUUAAAAGCAAAUAUGCAUUUAAGAACAUAGGAAAACCUGAAUUUGACAUUCCACCAAAUGCAACUGUAGAAUAUAUAGUAGAAUUAAAAAACUUUGAAAAAGUAGAAGUUUGGUCCUUGAAAAAUCAUGAACAGAUAGACUUAGCUAAGAUGUACAAAGAGAAAGGGACAAAUUAUUUCAAAGCAAAUAAAUACAACUUAGCAAUUAAAAUGUAUAAAAAAAUUACUUCAGUUUUAGAAUAUGGAGAAGACUUUGAAGGAGAUCUGAAAAUAGAAAGAAAUAAUCUUAUUUUAUCAGCACAUUUAAAUUUGGCAUUAUGUUAUUUAAAAUUAGAUCAUAAUGUUGAAGCAAAAGAUUCAUGUAAUGAAGCUUUGAAGUUAAGUCCACAAAAUGAAAAAGCACUUUUUAGAAGAGGACAAGCAUAUCUUGCAUUAGCAUCACCUGAAAUUGCAAUUAAAGAUUUUCAAGAGGUUUUGAAAGUAGAACCAAAAAAUACAGCAGCUGUGAAACAAAUUGGAGUUUGCAAUAAUCUCAUUAAAAAGCAAUUAGCAAAAGAGAAAAAGCUAUAUGCAAAUAUGUUUGAUAAAUUUGCACAAGAAGAUAAACAGUAAUGUCACAGAAGGAAGAGGAGAAAUUGCGAGAACAACCAGAUGUGAUGUGUGGGGCCUUGGGUGAAUGGGGUCAAGAAGAACGACCUGGAGGUAGAGAUGCAACUGCCUUUGAAAAGGAAAAUCCUAAUAUACUUAUGCUCAAUGCUAAUGGUACUGAUGAAUUUCAAAAUAUGUAAAAUAUUGAUCAUCCUCUAUCCCGUUCCUUACACUGCCUCAUUUUUAACUGCCAGUAUGAAAUUUUGUUAAUUAUUCUAAUGGGUUUCUAAUGUGUUUCAAAUAUGUCUACAUAUACAAAGAUGCAUAUUAUAUAGUUAAUUAAUAUUCUGUAAUAUUAUGCAUCCUAGUCAAAAAAAUUACCAUUUUGCAUAACAAAAUCAGAACUUAAAAAAAUAAAACUUUCUUGCUUGAAA